AUGGACGUCGACACAAUCCCAAACCUGCUGGCCGAUCAGCGUGACGCCGCCCCCGAAGACGUCCAGCACUACUUUCUGCAAUUCGAAGAUCUUUGGGAGCGCAAGCUUUGGCACGAAUUGACCAACGACCUCGUCCUCUACUUCCAAGAUGACCGAAGCCAGAAGCAGCGCUUGCCGCUCUACAACCAGUUCAUCAAGACUUUCGCCGACAAGAUCAACCAACUCCAGCUUGUUACCCUCGGUCUGAGCACUGCUUCACAAUGCAAAGAUGACAACGAGCGUUUCGAGUUCCUCACCAACCUUGCCUCAAGCGUCGAUAAGCCCGCAUCACAGGACGCUUUCGUUUACGCAAAGACCGCUGUAGCGGCUGUCGAGUUGCGCUUGAAGAAGUACGACGAGGCUCGCAAGGACCUCGACCAGUGCGAACAGAUCCUUGACACAUUCGACUCGGUUGAGUCCGUUGUUCACGCCUCUUUCUACCGUGUCAGCGCCGACUACCACCAAGCCAAGCACGAGUUUGCCGCCUACUACCGCACUACCCUCCUCUACCUCGCAUGUAUCGAUCUUGAGUCUCUCUCCCUUGAGGACCGUCAGCGCAUCGCCUACGAUCUCUCGAUUGCUGCCCUCGUCUCCGAUUCCAUCUACAACUUCGGUGAACUUCUUCUCCACCCUAUCCUCGACACACUACAGAACACUCAGCACGCUUGGUUGCGUGAUCUCAUUAUUGCCUUCAAUAAGGGUGACCUGGGCGCCUACGACGUCCUCGCUGCACACAUGGGCAAAAACGAUCUGCUUAAAGAGCACCAGAACUUCUUGUACCAAAAGAUCAGCUUGUCCGCUUUGACCGAGACCGUCUUCCGCCGCCCACCCCACGAUCGUGCUAUGACCUUCACCGAGAUCGCUCAGCAGACCAAGGUCCAACCGAACGAGAUCGAGCACCUCAUCAUGAAAGCCCUCAGCCUGGGUCUUGUGCGUGGAACCAUCGACCAGGUCGCAGAAGUUGCAAGGAUAACAUGGGUCCAGCCCAAGGUGUUGGACAAGGGUCAGAUAAUCAACAUGCGCGAAAGACUGCGUGCUUGGGACGACGGCGUCAACAAGCUCGGAAACUGGAUUGAGAGUUCGGGUCAAGAGAUUUGGGCUGCAUGA